GCAGGGUGGGUGUAGCUACCAGGACCACGCGUCGCCAUGGCCAAAAGAGGUGGCACCAAACGAAGGCAGUUGGCUUCUGUGGCAGCUGCGGCAGCUGGAGUUGCAGCGGUGCCAUGUGCCGCAUCUGUCGCCCAUGAAGUUGGCUUCACUGGCUUCACUGCGACUUCUUAUGCUUCACAUGCCGGACAUGUCGCUUCGCAAAGAGUGACGCCUUCAAGGGUUUUUCCUGAGACACCGCCGAGCUCCACGCCUGACACACGGAAUCAAAAAGUCGGUGCGGGUGUUGGUUCGGCGGCCAUCUUGGCAGGGGUUGCUACUGCUGUUGGACAUGGUGCGAAAAAACGUUGUGGAAAAGGUAGCGUUGGUAGCACUACUUGCUUGAGUACAUCUACUGUCUUGGAGAAAGCUGCAACCAAUGCAGUUGAGCCAGCAAAGCUUUUUGAGCAGUAUGUGAAGGACCGUGAAGGUGAGCGCGUUUUGCGCAAACUGCUCAUUGCCAACAACGGUAUGGCUGCAACAAAGGCCAUUCUUUCCUUGAGACAAUGGUCAUAUUUGGAGCUAGGCUCUGACAAUGUGUUUGAAUUCGUCGUCAUGGCCACUCCCGAGGAUUUGGAGGCAAAUGCCGAAUUCAUUCGACUGGCAAAUUCCUACGUUGAAGUCCCUGGAGGAAAAAACGUCAACAACUAUGCCAAUGUUGACCUCAUUGUGGAUGUUGCCAAGUCUCAAGGCGUGGAUGCUGUAUGGCCUGGCUGGGGACAUGCUUCGGAGAAUCCCAAACUUCCGGAUCGUCUGAAACCACUUGGCAUCACCUUCAUUGGCCCCACCUCUCCCGUGAUGUCUGUGCUGGGUGACAAGAUUGCGGCACCUUGGUGA